AUGUCACUUCCCACCGCCUCUGAGCAAAUCCCUCCCACGAGACCGCCUCCAAAUGUGUCAAGAGAUUCCGGGUCACGCCUAAAGAUCCCCGAGGGCGAAGUAUGGGAUACAUUUUUUGUAGAAGAUACCUGUGCGCUGAAGGAUUCGCCAGACACCAUCGGCGUUGUGGCAAAAACAUGGCAUGACAUAGACGAUUUGGACAAUUGGGAAGAAAUAGAUGAGUGUGUUCCAGGAAAAUACGCCUCCGAUGAAGACGUGAUGGAAUUUCGGUCAACUGGCCAGCCACCCCGGAAUUAUCUUCUCCUUACACCUUCGUCUCCGGCUAUGCCCUCCAUGCUCCUCCACGAGUCAGAAUUGGUCCUUCUUGAUCGCGCUCUUGCCUUCGGCGAUGUUGUUAAGAAGAAUUUAACAUCUCCCCUUUCCGGUACAGUUGUCUCUGUGUCCACUUCAGUUGGCCUUCGUCACUCUUUUGUCGACCCGCAUGAACCGACGGAAAACUAUGGUCUUAUUCCAGACGUUGGGGAGCAGGAGCUGGUACUUUCGAGGGAAUGGACCAACGGUGAUUUUGUUAUAUAUAAGAAUUGCUGGAUGGGUGUAGUAGAAGAGGUUUUUGAUGAGGUUGCCGUGCGACUUCAGAACGGAAGUGUUGUCGUUGUUGAAAACGCCUGGCAGCUUGAGAUUCCAGUAUUAAGUGCGGAAGAGGAGGCACAGCAUCAGAACAUCAACUCUCUAAUAAAUGGAAUUGGAGAGGGAAAGGCAGAAGGGAAACCUACCGGCACAUCUGGGAGGAGACCUUCCAGACCAAAAACCAUUCCCUCACCAUAUCACCUUUCCGCGGGUCAGACUGUAUCAACGAACAAAGCGAACCUCCGAAGAGGUCGUUGGUUGUAUGGUGCAUAUAAUGCAAGUAUCCCUCCUAUUGGCGUCGUUGUGGAUGUCACUACUUCAAAACUCCAUGUGACCUGGCUAUGUCAAAACAUGAUCGUUCCUGGUCGUUUUGUGCCCGUCCAAAGGCCAGAUAUGGUUAUCGAAACAGAAGCCGAGAUUUCAAAGCUCAAGAAGUUCACAAAAUCCAUGGGAGGUUUCGUUGAUCUUGAGGGCAAGCCUUUUGCGAGCAUGGAUGCUACUCAAACAGGGGGCUCACUAGAGGUGGGGGAUAGAGUCCGUUUUAGAGAUCUUGAGGCGGCCUUGGAAAAAUACCAAGGUCGUGUCAGGAAAAUCUCAAGAAGCGAAUCUCUAGGCUUUGAGAUCAACACUUUCGUUGUGGUUGAAACGAAGACCCGUGUAAGAGUGAUGUGGCAGGACUUGACUGAAACCCUCGAGGAAGCUCGUGGGAUUGUGCCAUACCUGAAUGUCGAUGAGCACGAUGUUUGGCCAGGUGAAAUGGUCGUCAUCAAAGAGGAGCCAGUUGAAGAUAAGGCCAAGCCAAGUGAAAUCAACCAUGAUGGAAGACAACAAUUUCAAGGGGCCUGGCAAUACUUCAAUGAAAAUCUUCUUGGGCCGUCUUCAGAAGCAGUCCCUGUGCCGGAUUUUAUUAAGCCUGAGAAGGUUGGCGUCGUUCAGACUGUAAACCCAGCAGAAAGGGUUGCGAAGGUAAUCUGGUUUGCAGAUCCGAAAGUAGAGAUCGCAGGAAACAUUAUGAUUCCUGGAUCAAAGACUGGAACAUUAGGAAAUAAAGUGGAGGACGCCAGUCUCUAUGAGGUCAUUGCCCACCAAUCUAUGGGCGUAAGGAGGGGUGAUUUCGUCCUUAUUGCGCCUGAAAAGGACAUAUCUGAAGAGCAAGGAGAACCCAAUACCACUAACGCCGGUGAUAUUACUCCUGUUGCUCCAACGAAUCAACAGUCCUCCGGGGGUCAAUUGCAGCAGAUGGCAGACGGCUUGCGAGGGAUGAUCGAUGGCGGAUUAUUAGCAAAUCUGAGCGCAGCUUUAGGAACUAGUAACCAUCCGCAGUUUCAAGCCGUCAGUAGGAUGCUGAGUCAAUUCCCGUUGAUAAAUAAUUAUUCCGAAAAUACAAAUCCCCCAGCUGUAGCUCCUCGGAACAUGAACAACGAAGAUUUUUAUCUAAAUCAACCUCUGGAAUGGAUUGGCGAAGUUAUUGAUCUGGGCUUAGAUGGACUAAUCACUGUGCGUCUCGGUGCCCUAGACGAGCCAAAGGAUAUUAAAGUUUCAAUCGAACGACUACACAUCAUUUUCACCGGUGAGAUGGACUUUGAUUCACCUGGUGAUGAGGAUGACGAAGACGAUGAGUACGAUAGUGAAGAGAGUGGAUCGGAUGAAGAUGACGAAUUUGAUGACGAUGACGACGAAAUAUGGAGGGGAGAUAAUAUAGUUAUUGACGAACAGGUAUACUAUCAAGGCGGUGAAAGGAUAGAAAAUGAUGGUGGCGAAGAAGCAUGGUCAACAGACGAUGAGGCGGAUGAUAUGGAUUUCGAAGGUGAUUCUGUUGUUUCAAAACAACCAAUCGGCCUAGAUUCUGAUGGCGAUACUAUGAUGGGUAAUCCUAGUGCUGGGAAGGGUGCAGAAUCGGUAACCGAAGAUAUAAAAGAGUCCACGGAUGAUAAAAUAUUACUUCCUCCACCAAUCCCAGAGGGCAUGCCAGCGCCACAGGCCUUUUCUAUUCCCACUUCUUCGAAACAACUGGAGAGAUUUGCGAUAUUGGAAAGCGCCGUUCCUGCAGAUCAUGCAUUUGGUGGACAGCCCGAAACUCCUGUAGAUCCCAAGUUCCUUAGACGCAUCAACAAGGAGCAUGCAAUCCUCUCAUCGUCUCUUCCUGAUGGGAUCCUCGUGCGCACAUGGGAUCGCCGAAUUGACUUGAUGAGAGUCUUAAUCAUUGGCCCUCUCAACACGCCGUAUGAACUUGCCCCGUUCGUGUUCGAUUUUCAUUUCUCGGCAAAUUUCCCGCAUUCACCACCACUGGCGCACUUUCAUAGCUGGACUGGAGGCAUAGGAAGGGUCAAUCCGAAUUUAUACGAGGAUGACCCUCUCCGCGCAGAUGAGGCUGGCUUUAACGUCUACGUUGGUUCCAAAGACGCAACACUUAACUCAGCUCUUUACUCUGAGAAGGCAUUUAUUCUAGCACGUGGCUUUGUCAAGCACGUUUUGCAGAGACCUGUCCUGGGUUUCGAGGAUGAGAUCAAGUGGCUGUACAUGCCUGGACAGCCUGAAGGGCCAGAGCUGUUGAACGAGGUUAUCAAAAGGGCUAAAGAGGUCGUGGCGAGGAGUUCAGCUCCGAGGAAAAUUGAGGACGGCGAAGCAUCUGCUGAGGUCGGGAGCGAGGGCGUGGGUAGGGUGUCUGCGGGAGCUCUUGUGUUGCUGAAGAAGCAUCUGGAGGCAUUGGAGGGAAUCCUGGAAGAAGGAGCGGGGGGAACAGAGGUCGUCUCCGAGUCUGCGUAA